AUGUUGCCCUCAUUCUUCAGACGACGCUACGAUUCAGACGAGGCCACUCGACGGCACGCGUAUAUUCCAUUAGAAGAUGUCGACGAAAGCAAGGAGUUCAAGUCCCUGGUCGACGAGUGGUGGCUGUACCAACUGCCCAUCCUGCGCCUCCUCGUCUCGGGGCUGGCUCCAGUCUGCGUCUUCUUCGUCGUGUCCGGCUAUACCAUAUCGCACCGCUUCCUGACGCUGGCCCGCCAGGGCAGGUUCGAGGAGGCAGGCUCGGCCAUGUCGUCGUCCAUCUUCCGGCGCCACACGCGCCUCUUCCUGCCGGCCACCGUGGUCAGCUUCGUCACCGCCAUGAUGGCCUACCUCGAGUGGUUCCCAGACCAGGGGCUGCCCGGCGUGGCCGUCCCGACGAGACUGCCGCCGAGCUUCGACAGCCUGUGGGGCCAGCUCCGGCACUACGUCCUCGCCGAGGUCUUCACCACCGACCCCAUCGGCCAGCCCCAUCUUCGGGGCGAUACCGUCGGCCGGCCGGACCCUCCAUAUGACCCCCACCUCUGGACACUGCCUAUCGAGUUCACCAGCUCCAUGGUGGUGUUCACGUUCCUGACGGCCUUCGCCAGGGUGCACAACAAAGUCAGGAUGCUCUUUGCCCUCGGCCUGGCUCUCUAUCUCCAGUGGGUCUUCGUGUACUGGGGCAUGUUCCUAUUCCUGGGCGGCAUGUUCUUGUGCGACCUGCAUUUCGAGCUCGAGGAUAGCAGGAUGUGGUGGUGGUCGACCCCACGGUCCGAGCUACAACACCAGGGCGCAUCACCCUUGGGUGGCUUUGUGCCCCGGACCGCGAAACCAAGCGACACGGCUUAUCGCGUCCUCGGGCGGGCUGUGGGGCUCGUGUCAUUCGUGCUCUCGCUGUGGCUUCUCAGCAUGCCAGAAGACGUGGAGGAGGCAGCGCAGGCACCCGGCUACGUGACCCUGGCAUCCUGGGUUCCGCCGGGGUUCCAAGAGGCCCUUGUCAUACCGGUCGGCGCAGUGCUGACAGUGCUCGUCGUUGACCAAGCUACAUUUUUACAGGUUCUUUUUACGAACCGCUUCUCCCAGUACAUGGGGAAGAUCUCUUUCUCACUAUACAUGAUUCAUGGACCACUGCUUUAUUCAUUGGGCCUGGUCCUAGGUCGGUGGACUGUGGCUCUUGUCGGUGGUGGAGAGAGUGAUACGUUCUACGUGUUUGGCAUCUUCUUGGCAUUUAUCCUAUGGGCGCCUGCGGCCAUCUAUGUUUCCGACCUCACCACCAGGUUUGUUGACCAAACGGCCAUAGAGUUCUCCAAAUGGGCGUAUAAGAUGCUAUUGAGGAGGGAAGAAUAG